UGUAGCUUGAAGGGAUCAUUGAGAUGUUAUGGCUGUGUCUGAAAGAGCUCUUCUCACUGUCAUGUCUGAAAAGUUAUGUAUUCAGCACUGUGUGCUACAAGUCCACGAUGCCUGAAGAUCUUUAAAACCACUGUUCAAAGAGUGUUUUUGAUUCCUGUGGAAUCUAUACAUCAUUUGGCCUCUCGUUUUUUUUUUUUUGUUCGUUUCGUUUUGUUUUUAACAAAACCUACCAACGUCCGUGAGUCUGGAUAUCUGAGGGUUGUGUCGGAGACGCCUUUUUCCGUCAACAAUGCCCGUACAAGCCCCGCAAUGGACCGAGUUUCUGUUGUGUCCCAUCUGCACGCAGACGUUCGAGGAGAGUGUGCGCAAGCCCAUCAGCCUGGGCUGCGGUCACACCGUCUGCAAGAUGUGCCUGAACAAGCUGCACCGCAAAGCCUGCCCUUUUGACCAGACCACCAUCAGCACGGACAUCGAGCUGCUGCCCGUCAACACGGCCCUGCUGCAGCUCGUUUGCCCUCAGGUACCCAAGUCUCAGCCGGUCACCUUAGUGAAAGGAGCAGAGGAUAUCAAGCAUUAUGAUGAGGCACGCACAUGUGUGGAGGAGCUGGCUCUCUACCUCAAACCCCUCAGCAACACCCGAGGUGUAGGGCUGGGCACUGCGAGUCAGAGUCUCCUCAGCAGACCCAUGCAGAGGAAGCUGGUGACCCUGGUGCACUGCCAGCUGGUGGAGGAGGAGGGUCGUAUCCGGGCCAUGCGUGCAGCCCGCUCUCUGGGUGAACGCACAGUCACCGAGCUUAUCCUGCAACACCAGAACCCACAGCAGCUCUCUUCCAACCUCUGGGCCGCUGUUCGAGCACGAGGCUGCCAAUUCCUCGGCCCUGCUAUGCAGGAGGAGGCUUUAAAGUUGGUGUUGUUGGCGUUGGAGGACGGCUCUCCUCUUUCCCGCAAGGUUUUGGUUCUCUUCGUGGUCCAGAGGCUGGAGCCACGCUUCCCCCAGGCCUCUAAAACAAGUAUUGGGCAUGUUGUACAGCUUCUGUACAGAGCCUCAUGUUUUAAGGUGACUAAGCGAGACGAGGACUCUUCUCUGAUGCAGUUAAAGGAAGAGUUCAGGACAUAUGAGGCUCUGCGGAGAGAACAUGACUCCCAGAUCGUCCAGAUUGCCAUGGAGGGAGGCCUGCGUAUUGCCCCUGACCAGUGGUCCUCCCUUCUCUAUGGGGAUCAGUCCCACAAGUCCCACAUGCAGUCCAUCAUUGAUAAGUUGCAGACUCCAGCCUCUUUUGCUCAGAGUGUACAGGAGCUCACCAUUGCCCUGCAGAGAACAGGAGACCCGGCCAACCUCAACCGCCUCAGACCACAUUUAGAGCUGCUGGCAGACAUUGACCCGAGCCCAGAUGCCCCUGCCCCUACAUGGGAGCAGCUGGACAAUGGGCUGGUGGCUGUAAAAACAGUAGUGCAUGGGCUUGUGGACUUCAUCCAGAACCACAGCAAGAAGGCAGGAGACCCACAGCAGGCUCCUCAGCACAGCAAGUACAAGACAUAUAUGUGUAGAGACAUGAAGCAGAAGGGUGGGUGUCCCAGAGGAGCCAGCUGCACCUUUGCCCAUUCCCAGGAAGAACUGGAAAAGUUCCGCAAGAUGAACAAGCGUCUGCCUUUGAGGAAGCCCCUCAGCCAGUCGCUAACCCAGCUUAAUGACAUGGACGUAGCUUGCAGCCCAGGCCUUCUGUCUGAUGAAGGAUUGGUUGUGGAGGGUCUGUCCCACAAACCUACCCUGGUCACUAAUGGCAUUCUCCCAGUGCCACCUGGAUCAGAGCUCACACAUCUGGUCUCCCGUGGAUCAGCGGCACCCUAUGACACUGCUCGAAAGCUUGGAAAACCAGACACAGGCAGUCUCAGUGCUCCUGAAUCACCGCCAGAUUCUCUGGACUCCAUUCCUAAAGUGGUGAUGUCUUCAGCAUCUCAUGCAAGAGUCCAGAGAGAGAGUCUUGCUGGACACGCACUUCCUGCAGUCUCCAGAGUUCCCCAGAUGUCACAGUACCCUCCACAUCAGUCUGAUCCCUAUUACUCAGAAGCCAGAGUACCACCACCUACUUCCCAAUACGAGUCCUCUCAGUAUCCCACUGGUAACUCCUAUGCAUAUCAGCACUUGCAGCCUCGCUACACUCGCCCACCAGUUGAGCCUGGCUUGGCACCUUACCCAGACCCCUAUCCUGUCUCCUAUGCCCCUGAACGCCAGUACCAUGGUCCUCCAUCUGACCCUCGCUACAACUAUCACGACAGCCGCCGCCAUGCGCCUUAUGGAGGCCACCCUUCACUCCCAUCAUACACUCGAGAUGAGCUGGGCCACAGGAGCCCUGUCCCUUUGGAGAUGCCCCCACCACCACAAGCUCCAACAGCAGGGGCCUCGUCCUCCUACCUAUCAGAAUCACGGGACCGAUACGGCCCUGACAGUUAUAACCACUCCGGCCACAACAGCCCUUACAGUGGCAGGAAUGCCUAUGCCCGGUCACAGCCCAGCCUGGACUACCUGCACCGUCGGAGGAAGGAAAUUAUGGCCCAGCUAGAGGAGCGGAAAGUUGUCUCUCCUCCUCCCUUUGCCUCUUCUCCAAACCUGCCCCAUUCUUAUGACCCCAGUUAUCCGCAAGAUGUCAGGGGGCAAAACCAUUAUAUGGGAGAGAACACUCCAGUGUUCCAAAAUGUCCGAGAACCUGAAUAUGCAGCUUCAUACUCGCCGUGGUCAUGUGACACUUUUGUCCCCUACAUUGGCACCAAGGAUAUGAAGUCCAAAGAUUGCCCUGCCACAGGCUACAUGGAGAUGCAGACUAUAGAAAAGAGAGAUCCAGCACUGGAGCUACAGCGUCGAGCAGCAGAGGUUAAAGAUGAUGACCCGAUCAUCCCAUUUGGCUCACUGCCUACUGUCUCUCGUUUUGGAGCCAUAUCUCGCACAUCCAAGUCAGGAUAUCAGCCUGCUGGCCUUGUUCCAGGCCCCCCAGCCAAACACUCUGCAAACGCAGUUGAUUACAGCUAUGGGAAUCACAGAGGAUGGGGUGAAGCCCCUUACACCCAGCACCAAACCAUGCCAUCUCAGGGACACUUCAAUGAGAGUCUGCCCCCUGCUGCUCAAGACAGGGAACAGCUGAAAAUGGAGCUCCAGCAGGUUAACCAACAGAUUACGCAACAGACUCGCUAUAUGGAGAGGGAACCAGGUUCAGCAGCUGGCCAAGCUGCUCCAGUGGAGUGGUCAACAGCUAGCGUUUCCAGCGAGCAGCUGAGCCUAGAGUUGCACCAGGUGGAGAGAGAGAUCGGCAUGAGGACACGUGAGAUGGCUAUGGAGGCGGCUGGCAUGAAGUACAAGCUGGUAGCAGGUAGUGAGAAUGGACAGAGUGAGCACAGUUUACAGCGGGACGAUCACCACCUAGCCCUGAGUGAGGGAUCAAAUGGUUCCAGUUCUGUGGUGCAAGAAUGUGGUUUGGGCAGCACCAGCAUGCCCACCUUGACCAACAAGACAUCCUCACUCAGCCUGUCAUCUGAACUGGUGGGCAGCAGUCCAGAUUUGACCAAGAAUGGCGUGGCUCACGCGUGCAAAUAGUUUGUCUUCAGCUAGAUACUACCUUAUGAGCUGGUCUCUCUCUCUCUCUCUUUCUCUAUCUCCCUCUGUCUCUUUCUCUAUCUCUCACACACAUACACACACAAACACACAGUCUCUACACUCUGAGAAGAAAGUUGUAUCUCUAGUUCACCUACAAUUUGCAGAGGCUGCAAUAUUCCACCACCCCUUCAUUACUUUAACUAUUUAACAUACUCCACUCAUAUUGGGUCACUUAUUCUGUUUUUUUGCCACCGCAGUAUUGGGAUGUUGAGCGUUCCAUAUAUUCAAUGCAUUCAGCUGCAUUUGUUACCACUGAUUGUACAAAUAAUCCAGAAAUGAUGAAAACACCUACAGGAUUUUACAGGAAUAGGAAUAAGCAGUAUCUGCCUUUUCCCCUUCUGUGAAUAUUUCUUUCUUUUUUUUCUGAUAAAUUCUUUCAUUGCCUUAAAACUAGAGCAUUCAAAAAAAACAUUUUAUGAAUACGUUUAUUUGCAAGUCAAAGCAGUAAUAUUAUUUCAAUAACGAAAAGUAAUACUCACACGUAGUAGACUCAGACUACAUUCUUAGUAGUUACGUUAUCUUUCAUGAUGCUGACUAUUUGCGUUUGAAGUUUACAUUCUGCACAGUACUCUUGUGAAUCUUCUUACAGUUUCUGUAGGAGCCUCUUCUCGUGCUGCAUAUUUUACAUAUUAGAAUCUGAUGGAUAUGAUAAACAUUGCCUGUUCAAACCAACUUUUUUGUAGUCAAAACCAGACUGUUAUCUUGAGUUGAAGCUAGUAUUGUUGGCCUUCAACUUCAUAUAGAUUGGUCAGAUCGAUCAGUGUUCAGGCAAUGUGGCUUUGCUCAGUAUCUUUUCACUGUAAAACUCUGGGGGGGGGGCCCGUCCACACGUAUACAGAUGUACAUGUGUCUACAUGAAAAUGAACCUUAUUGAAAAUGCUCUCCAGGCUAGAGGAAUUUUUAACUCUUGUUUGAAUGGGAAAACUUUCCCUGGGUACGCUUGUUAUAGUUUAGCAUGUAAUGAAUGUAGGAGUGUUUUUAAAAUGUCUGCUGACCAGGUUGUUCAUUUGAGUGCUGCAGUUUCUUAUAUAAUGUUGUCUUCAAAACUUAAUUUAGCUUUAAAAACGGGGGGGAGGAUGGGGGAAUACACCCUCAUGCAAAGGAGAAUAUGAUCACUGCGGUACAGCUUCUGAAUACACAGCUGCAGGGCUACAGUUCCAUACUGUGAACAUCCUGUGAGGUUUUUCAUAAGAUUUUGGCAAAUGCUUUGUGUUUUAGUGAAACAAUAAGCAGUACUUUCAUUUCUGUCAGCCCAUGCAUAUGAGCCCUCAUGUUUUGAGUUUUUCUUUAUUGUUGAAAUUUUGGCCAUGGCGGUAUUUUUCCCCCACACAUUGCCUCCUCUACUACUUCGUAUGCAGCAUGUUAUUAUUUUACAACUAAACUGAAUUUAAAUACAGGAUCCAAACGGAGAUAUUUAAAACAGACAAAAAUAUCUGUAUACGUAUGAACGGAGCCUCGGUCUUGUUUCCUGUGUAAUUUCUGCCAAAUAGUUGGGCACGCUUCUGAACUUGAUUGGAUGGACAGUGCAGGUUUCAUGUGUUAUUUCACAAAUUCACUCCAUGCUAGCUCAGUUUGAGGUUUGUGACAUCAUUCUUCAAUGCUGAAAUUGAGACUGUGUUCUUGGACCGACCUCCAAAAUCUGUUUGCCUUCCUGGAGAAAAAUGGCCAAAUUCUUACUGUUUUAUUUGGCUAUAUAUAGAUUUCUUUUAUUUCCCAGAAGCUGAGCUUCCAAAAAUUUGCUUUGCUUCUUCAGAGGUGAUCAGAAAUAGCUAAAGCAUGUGGACAGGGCCAGAAAGCCACUCAAUUGUAGCCAAUUGCACUUGUUUUUUUAUUUAUAUAUUUUGUUUUAUAACAACUUCUUUUUUUUUUUUCUUUUUUUUUUCUUAUAGAUCACGUACUAACAUACCUCUCAGCUUUAAUGUGUUUUUAACCAGGGAUAUUUACAUGUUUCAUCCUGCGGAUGGAAAAAAGCCUAAGAGACAAACUGAAAGGAGACAUUCUGUUUUAUGAAUGUUUAUCUAUAUAUUAUGUUUCAGGGAAAACUUUGAUCUGCAUACAGAUCUUCAUAACUAGGAAAGUAAUUAAAAAAAAAUGACUAAAGCCUUAUGGUCAGGGUGCUGCUGUGGUGUGUGUUAAUGUUUUGUUUUUGUUUUGUUUUUUUGUAGUUUGUAUUUUUACACACACUGGCCCAUUUAGGACGUUCGUGUUCUAGACAUUUUCAGAUGAGAUGCUGUUCUGAUCACCUCUGAUUGGACCUAAAGCAGUGUUUAUUUGAACCAUUUUUUGUUGUUUUUAACUUCUGUGAAGUUGAUUUUGUCAUUGGCAUGUUAAUGAUUUCUCCAGGAGGCCACGGCGAGGGGUUCAGAGCUGAUGCACCUUGUACCCUCUCUCUCUAGUUCUCUCUCCCUCUCUCUCUCUCUCUCUCUCUCUCUCUCUCUCGCUCUCUCUCACUCUCUCUGAAUCUUCAGUUCCAAUCCUAUGUGAACCUAAAACAAACUGAGAAUCACUGCCAAAUGUGAAGCUCAUCUUUUAUUCACUGUAUGAACUUCGUAUUUCCAGAAUUUACUGAAAAGGCUCAGGUGAUAACCAUGAAUAAUAGCUUGUACCGCUGUGGCUUGUUUAUAGAUUAAACAACUAAUAUGAUAAGGUGACCGAUACUAUUUAAGAUGCAAACAACUUCAAGUGGAUUUUGGAGCCUUUUAUGACCGAAGGAAAAAAAAAUGAAUAGCAUUUUUCAACAUGCAGUAUUCACAGUAAAUGUAGUAAUAAUAACUAGAAGAAAAAAAUAGGUUUAAUGUGGCAAAAAUACAUGGUUAUUUUAACAAAGUGCCAGUGAAAUCAUGGCUGUGAUGGUCAUCAAGUCUAUGAAAAAAAAAGAGGUAAAUUUUAAAAAGUCACUAUGAAAUUAGCAGGAAAGAGUUGUUCAGUGUUAAAAGUAUUGACGCCUGCGGUAGUAAGAUUAUUGGUGUAACAUCAUAUCACCCAGCUGUGAACUAGAUUCUGAAUGCAUUUGGACAAAGUAAGUGCGCAGAAACUGAACUACUGAAUUCUGAAACCCUGAAACUGUUUGCAUCCUUACUCCAGGGGUGGACAAAUCAGUUAUCAAGUCACAUGUCCAGUGUUCUGCCUCGUACCAUGAGGCUAAAGAGUGGUAGCUAAUGUCACGUAACAGCAUAUUGCAAGCCAGUUAGCUUGUUAAGUGCAUUAUCCUCAUACGAAGUCUCUAAUGUAGCACAUUGUGUUUGGUGGUGAACACUUUCUUUGUGCGAUUGUAGCGUUAAGUCCUCCCAUUAUACAGUCUCAUUAACAUUAUUAUUUUCUCUUAAUUAUGUUUAAUUAGAGAUGACUGUGUGUGAUAAACGUGUCUGCCUUGUGCUGGACUUUUUUGCUCAGUUUUGUCAGUGUUUCCUUAAGCCUCACUGAUUUUGAAAAGAUCUAUGCCUGCAAAUUAAUUCUAUGAAUAAAAAUCAUUCUACUAUCAAGCAGAUGACACCUUGAGCUUUAAGAUGAAAUACACACCAACUGAAAAUUUUUAUAUUUCUGAUUGUUGACCCUGCUUGUCCCAAGGCAACUACGCAAAAAACCUAGUAUGUACUAUGCUGGUUCCAGGCCCUGGAAACAGAUUUGUCCACUCCUGUAUGCAAUUAGCUCAUUUUCCAUCAUCCAGCAAUAAUUCAGUGGUUUAUUUUUUAUUUUUUUUAGUAGUUGGUAUUAUGUAGUCAACAUCACCAGAGCAUUGAAUUCCUGAGACUGUGGAUGUCAUGUAGUGUCACUCACAACCACCACGCACUGUUAGUGUGCACACAUUACUUCAUUACAACCACUUUCACAUUAUUGGUCUAAUAUUAGAUAGAUUUAACACAUUUUUUGUGCGUUUGUGUGUUUAUACAUUCUGAAUGGCUGUUUAAUUGCCAUUCUGUGCUGCAUCAUUUUACACACCUAUUGGGUGUCAAAUUUUCUUUAAUUGCUGUUAUUGCUUGUGCAAGAGCUUAUGACAUCUUUUGUUUAAGUACAUGAAUGCAGUGGAAGUGAGCAUUAGACCAUACUGUACAGGUUUUGUGAGGUAUUAUGCGGAACCACUUUUGCACGCUUUCAACAAAUCAGCAUGUUGCCAUGUUGGGGGGGGGGGAGGAGGCGCUUUUGUUCCGAGCUUGAGAGGAAAACCGCAGUGCCUUGCACUUUUUAUGUUGCAU